UUUGUCUUGCAGACGACACUGCAGACAGAUGAGGUGAAGAAUGUACCAUGUGGCACAAGUGGAGGAGUGAUGAUUUACUUUGACCGUAUAGAAGUGGUGAACUAUCUCGUUCCAUCAGCAGUGUAUGACAUAGUGAGGAACUUCACCGCAGACUACGACAAAGCUUUGAUAUUCAACAAGGUUCACCACGAACUCAACCAGUUUUGCAGCGUUCACUCACUGCAGGAGGUCUACAUCGGCUUGUUUG